AUGGAGUGCUUCCUGCAUGCCAGGGCACAAGAGAUUGUGUGGGGAGGACUGAUGGUACUUAUCAUUCCAGGCCACCCUGACGGUACCUCUGAUUCUCAUGCUCCGGCAAAUAUGAACUUUGAAUUUCUAGGAUCUUACCUCAUGGACUUGGCUAGGGAGCUAAGCAAUGAUCAGCUGCUGAAAGUGUGA